CGGCCAUUCUGAACUAGUAAACCGUCCUAGCAAUGUAGCAUUGAACGGAUAAUAGCUUUUAAAUGCAACUAUAGGUGACUGGUAGGCCAGAAAGAUGUGCUGCUAGCAGACCCAUUUGUCAAAUGAUACCUGAAAUUGACCUGGAACCUGAUGGAGUACAGGAGAUGCUGGGGAUGCUAAAUUGGGAGGUGGUGCCAUUACAAGAAGAGAGAUAUCAAUUUCACCACUCCAGCAUUGUUACUGGUCUCCAGUGAUGUGGACAUUAUUAUGG